AAAAGGAAAGCUUUUUUCUUUUUUCCUUCUUCUUUAUUUGCCGUUUAUAUGCCUUAAUUUCCAUGAAAGUGGAGGUUUCAAUCCGAGCUCUGAAAGCUCUUGUAACAUAUAGCACUAAACAGUUUGUCUCUUCCAAUUAAACUGUGGGAAAAAAAUUCUCAAUUGGGUUGUGUUUGGGCUUCUGUAUCUCAUGUGAGCAUGUCAGCUAAAGCAAGGUCUAGAGAGAGAAAGAGAAGGAGAGGGAGAGAGAGAGAGAAAGAGAUGCUUUUUUCCUUUCUCAGCGUAGAGUAAUCUUUCAAAAACCAGCCUUUCCAGCAAUACCCAGUUUAGCCCUCUUUUUGCUUCACCUUCAAUAGAUUACACCAGCUGUCGCCAUCUUGAGGUCCUGUUGAUAGUGAAACAAGUAUGCUUUUUGUCUGCUUCUCUGUGUGAUUUAUUUUGCAACCUACAUUUCCAAGCUCGUCCGUUUCGUUUUAGAUGUGCUCUCUCAUGCUCUGCUUCAACCUGGAUUAAUGCAUCAAGACCCAGCAUACCAGAUCAAAUCAAGGCUGGAUAAUCAGAUUUUGAAGCACUUUUGAGAUAGAUUCUUCGCCUUUGUCCCUGAUCAGUUGAGGUCACCAUUUGUUUGUUAAAAAUCCCGAGAGAAAGUUUGGAAAAGUUAAUUGAGGUUCUUGGGUUGAAGAUGAGAGAUUUCCCAUCUUGUUUUGGUGAAAAUGGGGUUCAAGUUGCUGAUUCUUCUUCAUCAAAUACUAGUAGGACUGCCCAGAAUUUGGUUACUUGUGUCUAUCAAUGCCGGUUACGAGGCAGGUCUUGCUUGAUUACUGUAACUUGGAGUAAGAAUUUGAUGGGUCAAGGGCUUAGUGUCGGGAUAGAUGAUUCGUCAAAUCAGUGUCUUUGUAAGGUUGAUAUUAAGCCCUGGUUGUUCUCCAAGAGAAGAGGGUUCAAGAGUUUGGAAGCUUAUUCUAGUAAAAUUGACAUAUAUUGGGACCUUUCUUCGGCGAAAUUCGGAUCCGGGCCUGAACCUUUAGGGGGAUAUUACGUGGGAGUUGUGGUGGACCGGCAAAUGCUUCUCCUUCUUGGAGAUAUGAGAAAAGAAGCUUUCAAAAAGACUAGUGCCAGCCCUGUGCCUUCUAAUGCUGUUUGUGUUGCCAAGAGAGAGCAUGUUUUUGGUAAAAGGGGCUUCACCACAAAGGCUCAAUUUUCUAAUAAUGGUCAACUGCAUGAUCUUGUCAUUGAAUGUGAUACUCUUGGGGUCAAUGACCCGUGCCUCCUGGUCCGCGUAGACAGCAAGCCUGUGAUGCAGGUGAAGAGACUUCGGUGGAAGUUCCGGGGGAAUCAUACCAUCUUGGUUGAUGGGCUUGCAGUUGAAGUUUUCUGGGAUGUUCACAACUGGCUCUUUGGUACAUCACCCGGAAAUGCUGUUUUUAUGUUCAAGACAUGCCUCUCAGCUGAGAAGUUGUGGGCUAGCCAACCGCUCUCUGAUCCAAGUGCGUUGCAGUGGUCAUUUUCACAGAGAUUUUCAGAUAGUAAGUCGCAGGGUCUAGGAUUCUCACUGAUUCUGUAUGCUUGGAAGAAUGAAUAGAGGAGGUCGGAAGUUCUCCAUUGAUUGCUAACAGAAAACCUCCAGUGAGUGAUGAUUUUAUCAGCUAUGUGAUUGAAUUACCACAAAAAAUGAUUAUAUAUGAUCAUUUGUUAUAUAAUCAUUUGUUUUUUCUUAACCUUUUUCUUUUGUUUCUCCUUAUGAGGAGCUUGAGCAAUCCAAAUAGAUCAGAGACAGUUUUGUUUUUA